AUGAGCGCUUUUGUAGAUGUAGUUAAGAACGCGGUUCCCACAGCAGCUGCGGUUGGAAGUAAUGGAAGUAUUAUUGAAGAGGAUGAAACGCAGCCGAUAUGUCCAUCACUUUCAUGGAAACAGCGGUUAAUUGGCUGCGGCGUCUGCAUGGGUAUUGGAUCUCUCCUUUCCCUUCUGAGUUUUGGUGCCAUCCUUCGCUCAGAUGUGGCCACAUUUGCUGUGGUUUAUACGCUUGGAAACGUGGCGUCCAUCGGUGGUACAUUAUUCCUUGCAGGUCCCAAAACACAAGUUCAGCGUAUGUUUAGUGAAGGCCGUUGGGUGGCCACAACUGUGUUUGUUAUUGCCAUGGGGCUCACACUUCUCGCAGCAUUACUACUCAGUAGUGCAUUAUUGGUUCUGUUGUUGUGUCUGGUGCAAUUCGGCGCAAUGGCGUGGUACAUGAUGUCAUAUAUUCCUUUUGCAAGAACAGCUGUAAAAGGUUGCUUGAGAGGUGUGGUGUAA